AUGAAAUUAAGGCAACAAAUCAUCCAGCUAAUCUAAUGGAUAUGUAUUUCGAUUCAGAAGAAACCGUGACUUUAAAAACGACACAAACUCCCCAGUACAGCGGGGGAAAAGAAAUAUUUAAAUUUAAAUUUCCAAGAAACGAUGACGAUGCUAUUUACUACGUAGCUCUGAGAGCAAAAGAUGCCAGUGGUAACAGGGCAAAAAUUUCAAAUACUGUUCAAGUCUUUAUGAAAGGGACUAAAGUAAUUAUCCCAGAAGUAAGUACUGGAGUAACUGUUACGAAUAAUGAAAGCGUUACAGAUGAUGUGAAUGUCACAUCCACGGAAGAUAUGCAUAGUUCAACAGUAUUUUUAAUAAGUUCAACGCCCGAUACAAAGACGGACAGAUCUUGGAAGGAGAUUUUGUCAGAUACAAAAUUCAUUAUAAUUUUGUCUUCAGCAGGAGGAAUUUUACUGUUGUUUAUAUUGAUCAACAUAAUAAUUUGUUGUUGCUUUAUGAGAAAAAAGAAAGACCCAAAAAUAAUUUCGAAAAAAAAUUCUUUACGUCCACCUUACAAUAUGAACAUAGCUUACAAUAUGAACAUAGCUCGUAACCGGGAGUCUCAAUCUAUAGAUCAAAGUGAAUCAGACUUGAGUGUUUCUUUACCCAACUUUACUGACAUGAAUCAAUAUUCAGCAAACGAAGGUUAUGAUGUUAGUCCAAGGUAUUCUUAUCACACAUCGAAAAGCAUAGCAGAUAAAACAAUAUCCCAAAGUAACACAGAACUGGGAUUCAAAUUAGUUGAAACUUUGCCAGUAAAUACUACACGAUCACUUGCCAGAUUUGCAAGAAUAUUUAAUGAAAACGUGGAAGAACUGAAUUCUCCAGUGGCUGAGCCCCAAAAACCUUCGAACAGUAAUGACAAUCCAAUAGUAUAUUCUCUUGGCAGAGUUUGA